CCGUCUCCAUCUCGCCUCUCAACAAACUCAGACUCUGAACGAACUCAGCCAGAUCUCGCCGGCUCCAUUUUUCCGGUGGACGGAAUCAACAAACUCAGCCUCUCAACAAACUCAGGCUCUGAACGAACUCAGCCUCAGCUCUCUACCGGCAAGCUAUCAACUUUCAACCACCUGAAAUCUCAUCAGCUUGUCUCUCGCCUUUCUCCAUUUCCGUCAUGGAUGCACCGCAAGAGGAGAAUUCUAAUUAUUUGAGGCCGAGUACAAUUAAUGUGGCUUCAAAUGUUGGGACAUAUUACAAGACAAAAUACUUGAAAAUGGUUAGGAAGGUAUUGAAUGCGAAAGGUGGUCAACCGUUGGUGGACAGAUUUUUAAGUGGUUGUUUCGGACACUUAUUAGAUUGGAAUCCGGGGUCAAAGUGUGCUAUGGCUGUUCACCAUGUAGUUUCUCGCCAAAUCCGAUCAAAUGAUAAUGGAUUGUGGUUUUUUAUUAACGGGAGUAGGUUAAACUUCUCGGAGAGGGAUUAUGCCCUUGUUACAUGGCUGAAUUUUGGAGAAACUGACUUUGAUACGAGGGCACACCACGAUCUCCGGAAUGUUGAAGUGUUCAGAAAAUUUUGUUGUGGGCAGAGGACUGUUAAGGUGGAGACUCUCGUUGACCUUUUCGAGAAUUAUGAUAUUGAUGAUCAGGAUGGGAGUUUACUAUUACGUGUGGCCCACGUGUUAGUACUGUAUGGCAUGCUACUAGGGUAUGAGCCUGAUAAGAACGUGGCUGACUGGGUGUGGGCUUUGGUGAAUGAUCUUGAUGCAUUUGCCCAAUUUCCGUGGGCAGCUUAUUCGUAUCAGCUGCUAUGUCAGUAUGUGAAUAACUUUAGUACACACGACAAAUAUAAACUGUACGGGCCGGUGUGGGCAUUACAUGUAUGGUCCCUGGAGAUCAUACCCGAGUUGCGUACUGCAGUUGGUACACACUUGGAUGGCGGUGCACACCCUAGAUGUUUGAGGUGGAGGUUUCGAAGUAGGCCCACUGUGUCGGAUUUACGCCUCCUAUUCGAGCAAGAGAGAGUGUGUCAAACAUAUUGGCGUUGCUGUAUGUUUGGCACAAGGUUGAAUCUCGCUGUUCCCAGUACGUACGACUCCUUUGCCGCUUGGGAAGUCCCUGAGGGUAUUUGCAAAAUGAUUAAGGGCGAGUGUGGAUCAUCAAUGGCACAAAGUUGGAUGGGGGCUAGCCAGGUUAGUAUUUAUGGAUUUUGA